AUAAACGGACAGUAAGCCGUCAGAUAGAGACACUGUAUAUAUUUCUCAAACGCUGAACACUGGAGACAAAAUGCUGUAUUUUUCACUCACACGAGACGGACAAUAAACUAAGUUUAAACGCUCCUGGAUAUUUCUCACUUUGGACAUCAGCUUCUUGCUCUGCAGUCUAUAAGAUGUACGGAUACGGGAGGCGGCACCAUGCUAAUGAUAUGACGUGGUCGCUGGACGAAGACGUGGCACGAGAAAAUCGACUGAUGUCCAUGGAAGAGCAGUGGAAAAUGAUCUUUAACGAGCAAACCCGAGCGCCGAUCUACUCCGUGGAGCACUACAUCAACUACCUGCGGAGGUUCGUGGAGGGCAAGCCGCUUCAGUCGGAGAGGAUAGGGGGCGCUAAACGCCCCAAAGACGGUAUAAGUCCGCUGUCCUACUUCCUGCGCAGACUCAAACUCGACCUCAGGUUGUCAUACGACAGCUUUUUGGUGGAGUUCAACAAACCUCCGAAUGGUGGUGUCAAACUGCUGUUCUCGUUACUAAAACAGCUUCAGACUGGUUCAUCCCCAGGCUCUUCAGCCAAUCAAAAACAUGCUACCAUCUCCAGUCGGUACUCGACCUGUUCCAAACUGGAAGAUUACAAACGUAAUUUGACGGACGAACACGACUGUCUGUUGUGUAUCAAGUUUUGUCUUAGAUUACAGCCUGUCCUGCACGAGCUAGUAAAUGACCCGGAUGGACUACAGACCCUGGUGUGGGGUCUUCUUAGCAGUCAUGUCAAGAGUCGGAUCACCUCGAUAGAGAUUCUAACGUUAGCGCUGAUGGCGGUGAGCGGGUUCGAACGAGUGUUCGAGGCCUUCACGUACAUGAGACUGAAGCUGGGAGAGUCCGUCAGAUUCAAAUUGCUAGUGAGCAUGCUCAAUUCUCGCGGAUCCGCCAAUAUACUCUUUCAGAUAACUUGCAUGAGGUUUUUAAACACUUUGCUGAACUCAGCGCCAUCUGUCGACCUGAGAGUGUACCUCCAGGAGGAGAUAAGAAUGGCAGGCUUUGAGCUGAAUGUUAUAGAACAGAACGCUCGGGGGGAUGGCCUGGAGUACGAUGAUUUGAAGAGAGAAGUUGAAGAGUGGACUACAAGAUAUAUAAAUGUGCAGUCAUUACUAAAGAAAUUGAAGAACGUGUGUCAGUCUCCAAGAAACGGCCACUACCCUUAUCCAGAAGGACAGGCGCUAAAUUGCACAGUUAUGGAUGAUCAAACACACGACUCUAGACACCAGAGGGCGCCCAAGUUAAAUUACGACCCGUUACAGCCCAGAGAAUAUUCGCAUCCGACUCGGUCUUCAGGAACACCAACCCAGAGUAACAGCAGUCAAUCAUCACACGCCAACAGACGAUCACAGUCAAAUCGUUCAAGACCUCGGGUCGGAGUCAUGGCUACUGAGGAGCGCUUUAGUCUGAGUGAGCUGGAGAACGGACUGCGGACGAUGCGACGCCGCGACGAGGUCACGGGGUCACGGAGAAAGUUGUACGUACCUAACGUGAGCUACUCUCUGCCUGAGAUUGAGAAGUUCAUCGACGACUUCGACAUGUACGCUCUGCCCGGCGACUCCUCCGACCUGCUCGUCAACGUCCUGCGAUCUCUGUACGAGAAAACUCACAUGUACUCCUCGAACAGUAAUCUCCCUUUUCUGGUUGCUCUUGAUCAACUUGCUACUCAGUUAUCUACCCUGGACCAGUGCGAAGACAAGCUAAAGUUGAUUGGUUUCAUGAGUCAUUAUACUGAACGAAUAAAAGAGUUGCAUGAGAAAAUUGACUGCAUAUCGACAGCCUCAUUUACAUUGAACAACAGACCCAAAGUGAAGCAGAUGUUUGAAAUUAUUGUUGAGUUUGGGAACCGUCUGCACAGAGUUCAAAGCAGUAACGAUCAAGACACAUUUGGACUGUCAUCGUUUGAUUCACUCUCUAAGACAGACGUCAGCUCAACAGCACGCUGCGAGACUCUACUCGACUACAUCGUGACUGAGGUAACGCAACACUUCGUCGAGAUCGGAGACUGGAAUAAACAGCUCAACAUCGCCGUGCCUGAUACAGUGACUUUGACUGUGAUUGACAAGCAGAUCAACUACCUAAAGGAAGGAAUCUCCAUUCUACAGUCCGAGAUGAAGCAACGUGAGCACAUCCACAGUAUACGAGACUUCUUGAGCUCAGCCCCUAGACAGCUGCGAGAGGUAGAGGAGGACUAUCAGAAAAUGUUGUCAGCCUAUAGACAGGUCUGCCGCACGUUCCAAGUGGAAGCAGACGACUGGGAACCAUGGCAACUGUUUGGUGCCAUCGCCAAGUUUGCGGAAGACUACGAGAGAUCAUCACAGAAAAUAAAGCAAGCAACUGAUGGCCAUUGUGAUUUUAAAGCGGAGAAACUAUUAUCAUCUACAGAUGUUUCAGUGAGAAAUGGUCUCGAUGUAAAUGACAAUAUCAGAACAUCGCUACAAGACCUAAGCACAGAGGUCGUUGACCAGAAAAGCAUUGAGUUUUCCGAUGAAGAAGAAGUAUCAAUUGAACAAUAUACCUGGCUGGGUUCCUAUAAGUCUAAAUUUAGUUCAGAACCUGUGAUAAAUUUUAACGAUUCUUUCACGACGAGCAGAAUGGGGAGAGAACUCUCGCGAACUAGAGAGAACGUUGACGAGAACUGGUUACUCAGCCCAUGUUCCUCUCUCCCGACUAUGUUGUCUGCUGUUUCCACUCGCCGCUGUGAUGAUGACGUCACGAACUCACGCGGAAUCCACCAGAAGCCGGUGGAAGGUGUGGAUGUAUACUAUGACGAGAUCGAGCACGAGACAUAUGUGUAUCCUUUGACAGAAAGGCACGGUGAACCCGAUGGUGCAGUAUCCCCCAACAGUUCACACUGCAAUGGAGUGUUACCCACGAACAGUUCGAAAUUCAGCGGACAGGCAAUGUCUCCAGACGGUUCCUUUGGCAUUGGCGCGGUGUCCACAAAUCAGUGUAAUACCCUUGCCGCAGAGUCUAUUACUAGUCCUUCUGGUGACGCUUUACCCACAGACAGUUCCAAGUCCAAGUCACGUGCUGCAUCAGUCGUGAAGAACAAACGAACAGACUCGCAGCGAAGUUACAACGACGAACUGACCGAAAUUCUGUUAGACUUUGAAAAGACAUUAUAUGCCAAUGAUAACGUCAUAAAGCCUAAUCCAAUCAGCAGCCAUGCCACAGUCUUGCGUGGACCAAUUACAUUUGUAUAAAUAAUUAUAUUAAUCAUGUUCAGGGACGGAUUCAUAGUACUGUUGACCCUCGGGAGAAUUAGGUUUAUAACUCCUCUACUCGCCUUUCCUUGCCCUGGUUCUUCCCCAAUUGCUCUUACUGCAUGUCCGAUAGUUGACCAAGUGCCCGAUUCAUCCUUGUUAAUAACUUUUUACGGUCAUCUUCGAAAUUCAUAAUUUUGAAUUUACAAAAUAGUGAAGCUUUUCGAAAAAUGCAUACCAUGUCUGGUUGAGCGGUUUCUAUAAAAGGCAAUACAUGUACGCUAAUCUUAAUAUUGUUAGUUUAAGCUUCACACUAUGCUGAAAGGAGAUUGGUUUUGGUUGUAAUUAAAACAAAUUUAUUCAAAAUACAGGUUGCUGUAGAAACCUCUGUCAUGGACAGAAUAAUUGGCCCACAUCGGAACAUGCGCCCAAGAAAGGCAUGCACUACAAUGGCUUUCUCUGAACAUGCACGUUAAAUUAUUUCCUUGUCCUUACUGCAGGAAUUAUCACAUCGGGGAUGGGAGAUAACUCUCUUACCAUAUAUGCAGGUAGAGAGUACUGAAUGUACUGGUUUUGAUCAUCACUUGCACUAUGUGAUUUUUUUUAAUGUUUUUUCUUCUUUAAACUUCUACGUUAGAUUGUAUUUGAGCGAGAUUGGGCAAUGUUUUAAACGUCACACCUCUAUCGUCUGUGAUACUGUUCAUCAGCAGGGUUAAAAAUUAAUAUGAAAACCAUGGUCGCCAGAAGGGCCACUUGAAGAAAAAUCUUACUGGCCCUUCUCAAAUUCAACUAGCCCUCCAAUUAUCAUAUGAAACUUAACUGCUUUGCCGAAAUAAAACCUAGAAUGUUCUUUGUUGAUUAGUAACAAUGUACUCACCCUAUAUAGUCCGUUUCCUUCAACAGGAAACCGAUGAAUUGGUAUACUGAAUAAAGUUAAAAUUCAUAUAAA